CCGCGCGGCCUCCUCCCUCCAGCGGCUCCCGCUGCCCUCCAGAUGCGGCUGCUGCAAUGCAGGCGGGAGGAGCGACCCUCGCGGGAAAGUGAGCUGGAGUUGGGGCCGUAGUGAGCGAGUUAGCUCCGGGUCCGCGGGACGCGAGCGCUGUGGAGCAGCGGCGGCUCCGGCCAGGGGCGCGGGCUCAGCCCCUCUGCAUCCCCGCGCAGGACUGGCCCUCCGGCCGCGGCUGUCCAGAGUCUCCAGGACACCGGCGGUUGAAGAGCGCCUGUGAGGCGGAAGGUCACUGCCCCAGGAUGGAGAAGCCCGGGGCCCAGGACCCGACCUUGCAGCGGGAUGAGGAGAGGGGCUCCUCGAAGAGCUGCCCGUACUCAGUGGAGACACCGUACGGCUUCCAUUUGGACCUCGACUUCCUCAAGUACGUGGAUGACAUUGAGAAGGGCAACACCAUCAAGCGGGUCCCGAUCCACCGGAGGGCCAAGCAGGCCAAGUUCAGCACCUUGCCCCGCAACUUCAGCCUCCCCAGCAGCGGCGUGCGUCCCCCGGCUGCCCUCCUCCAGCAGUCCUGGUCCCCCGCGGUGCCCAGGAAGGUGUCCUUGGGGCUGCAGGAGCAAACCCGGCCUCAAGUGCCACAGAGCAGCCCCCCUCAGGCCUGGGCUGGGGGCAGCAAGCUGAGCCACCCCAGGAAAGCCCUGCUGGCUGAGGCCACUGGGCAGGGGGAGGACGCAGUGCCCAGCUGUGCCUCUGCCCGGCCCCAGCUCCUGCGGGCAUCCAGCAUGCCGGCCACACUGCUGCCCAGCAGGGCCUUAGAGGGGCCCCCCACACCUCCAGCGCCUCCUCCACUGCAGGACACAGGCGGCACCUGGGACGAAGCCUUUAGGCCUGCAGAGGAACCUGCAGAUCUCCCCAGCCCUAGGCCGGGGGUGUCAGCUGCCAACACAGCCAAGGAUCUGGGAGACCAGGUUCUGGGGAUUCCCAAGGAGUACGAGCUCCCUACUGGAGAGUCACAGGCUCUGGAUUACCCAUGUCCCCCAGGCCCUCCUCCUCCCUUCCAGAGUGUGCCUGUGGUUCCAGAGCACCUGGGGGCUGAAGGCCAGAAGGAGGGCACACAGCUGGCGUCCACUCCCGGUUCCUCCACCCCAAGCCCCCCACCUCUGCCAUCACCAGUCCCUGAGAGUGAGCUGGCCUUGGGGGACAUCGAGCUGAACAUUAGUGAGCUCCCCCCGCCACCGUCGCCACUGGAGAUGGCUGUGCAGAGUGUGGGCAUGCGCGUCACUGAAGAGGCCCUAGGCCUGGAUGGCAGCCUGGGCCAGCAGCUCUGGGCCCUGCAGGAUGAGCUGGCCAGCCGUGUUGAGGAGCUGGCCAGUAUCCGGGUGACUCUGGAGGCCAAGGAGCAGAGGAUUCUUGAGCUGGAGAGCACGGUGGCCCAGCUGGAGGAGAAGCUCAGCCAGGAUGCCCAGGAUCCCCAGGGCCACAUAGAUGCUGCAGUGGGCACCGAUCCUCUGUGUGACCUGCACCGUGUGGAGACUCAUGACAAGGGUGUCGGGGUCACCUUUCUGAGCCCUGCAGACUCUGGGAACCAGGGAGUUCUGGGGGAAUCGGGGAACCUCCUCUGGGUGACAGACAUCGCCCCACCAGGGGAUGGACGCCCAGCCCAGCUGUCCCUGCCACAGCAAUCCUGUCCUGUCCCUGCCUCCCCCGUGCAUAGCUGCCUCUCCACGGAGCUCAGAAUCGAGGAGCCGGCCAGCUUGGGGCAGGAGGCUGUUGAAGGCCUGGCUGCAGAGGGCACCUUGGGCAGUGAUGGGGAGGCUGCCUCAGUGGCCAGAGAAGAGGCCGGCUCCCAGCACCCAGCUGGACUGCCUGGGUCCUCACCGGACGCCGCACUAGGACAAUAUGUUCGGAAGAUCCAGGAACUACUGCAGGAGCAGUGGAGCUGCCUGGAGCAUGGGUACCCUGAGCUGGCCAGUGCCCUGAGGCAGCCGGCAUCUAGGCUCAGCAGCAUCCGCGGCCAGCUGCUCAGCUCACUCAGCCUGCUGCUGUCGGCCUGCGCAGCGCAGGGACCCCAGCAGGAGCCAGCGGGGCACCCAGCCCCCUCCCCACCAGCUCCCACCCCAUCAGCCCCCGAGAUAUCUCCGCCGACCAGCCUGAAAUCCAUAAUGAAAAAGAGAGACUGUGGCUUCCGCGCAGGAGGCAACGGGGCCAGAAAGAGCCUGCAGUUUGUUGGGGUUAACGGUGGCUACGAGACUACCUCCAGUGAGGAAACCAGCGGUGAGGACAGCUCCCCUGAGGACCUGUCUGACAGCGAGGCUGAAAAGAAGUGCAGCGACCCAGAGUGCCUGCGGGAUGGGGACACCCACACUGAGCAGGCCCGCCCUGAGGCUACCCAGAGCACAGCCCGGGAGAGUGGGACUGAGGAGGGAACUCCCCACCCCAAGCCUGAGAGGUGCAAACCCUCGGAAGAGUUCCUCAGCGCCUGCCGGGCCCUAGGCCAACACCCACUGGAAACUGUGGCCACUGACCCGCUCUUGGGGCCAAGCUUGAACACCGUCAGCCAAGAGUGGUUCCGUGUAUCCAGCCGGAAGUCAUCCAGCCCUGCCGUGGUAGCCGCCUACCUCCUCGAGGUGCAGCCGCUGUCUCCACAUCUCCUGAAGCUGCUGGUCAACCUGGCAGAUGGCAAUGGGAACACGGCACUGCACUACAGUGUGUCCCACUCCAACUUCCCCAUUGCAAAGCUGCUGCUGGACACCGGCGUCUGCGCUGUGAACCGCCAGAAUAAAGCCGGCUACACUGCUGUGAUGAUCACGCCCCUGGCUUCUGCGGAGACUACCGAGGAUAUGGCCGUGGUCUGGCAGCUGCUGCGCGAAGGGAACGUGAAUGUCCAGGCCACACAGGGAGGCCAAACGGCGCUCAUGCUGGGCGUCAGCCAUGACCGCGGGGACAUGGUGCACGCGCUGCUGCAUUGCCAGGCAGAUGUCAACCUGCAGGACCACGAGGGUGCCACGGCCCUCAUGCUGGCCUGUCGCCAUGGCAACGCAGAUCUGGUAAAGCUGCUCCUGGCACAGCCGUCCUGCGACAGCAGCCUGGCCGACAAGGCUGGCCGCACCGCCUUGUCCAUCGCGCUGCAGUCUCCAGCCCACGUGGAAAUCGCGGGACUGCUGCGGGCCCACGCGGAGCGGCCUGGGCGCCCGGGCCCGGAGCCCAACUGAGGCCUGGGCAGCGGCGCCCAGGGGGACGCGCCUGCCCGAGAGGAGCUGCCGGGUCCGCAGCUUCGCCCUGAGGGUGCCGGGCCGCUCGCCGCGGAGGCCGGUUCCUCGCCCGGUUCGGGCGCGGACCCCACGCCUGCGGCCCGCGGUGCCUGACCCGGUGACCGACGUGCGCCCUGCAGAAGGCGCGGGCGCCCCCUGGAGGCCGGAACCGGCCAGCGCCCCUCUGGGCCGCCGUCGUCAGGGUGGACGGAGCGGGGCGCGCUCGGGUCACGGCUGGGAGCGCGGGGCCGAGCAGGACGCGCAUUCCGAGGACGUGUCGCGGGCAGAGGCGGGGUCGCCGGCGUCCCUAGCCCUGGAGGAGCGCGAGCUUCCCUGGCGGGCGUCGCUGUCCUUCGAGACGCGGCCUCCGCGCCGCCCCGGGGCCGAGCGGGGGGGCGCAAGUGGGGUGUCCCCUCCACCGGCCCAGCUCCUGCCCGGCCUUGCGUGCACUGCCCGGACCAGCGCUGCCCAGGCCGCUGUGCACGCGGUCUUCCUAAAGUCUCCUGUGCGGAGAACUCCCCUGCACACCAAGGGCUGAAGCGCCCGUGCCCCGCCGUGUGCCCGGCUUCCCAGAGGCGGGGCGGCGGGCUCCCCGCGACCUCCCUGGGCCUCCUCGCCUGUCUGCGAGGCACAGAUCGGCAGGCUGCCCUCAGAGGAACCGGGAAGGCUGCUCACACUGGGUCUCCCUGCGGGAACGGUGCCGGCGUGGGCGCUGCUCGCCGGGAGAGUGGAGGAGCCGGGCACGCUUUCCGUGGCUGGCUGUGAGCGCGGGAGCCGCCGUGGGUGGGCACGCAGGCCGCCUUGCCGUCCUCGCAGUGACCCCGAACCCCUGGGCCUGCGGCGUGCAGGGGGUGGGGUCCCGUGUCCCGGGACCCUGGGGAUGCUGGGCCGCACUCGGAAGCCCCGGGCUGUCCCUGGGGUCUCUAUUAAAACGCUGCCCUCCGUC